ACGGGAAAUGGCUCUCUGGAGGGUCUGUGGGUUUCGCCCGCACCCGUUAAUUUUUGCGCCGGUUCGAGUUACAUCUUCAUCCUCCUAUUUCUCUUCAGAACUCCAACGCACCCGCAACAUGAACGUCUCUCCCGCGCAUUCUGUGGCGGCCGAGUCUUCUUCCUCACUGAUUUCCGCGGCACCUCCGCGGAAGAACAGUCGGUGGAAGCCUAUGUGUUUGUACUUCACUCAGGGUAAGUGCGCUAAGAUGGAUGAUGAAAUACAUACUGAGAGGUUCAGUCACAACUUCUCCAUCGCUGGGAAGGUAGAGUCCAAUGCUUCGCGAUCGGGGAAUUUGAGGCAACAGGGUUUAGAGUUUCUUCUUGUGCUUGAUUUGGAAGGGAAAGUUGAAAUUCUUGAAUUUCCGGUACUGCUGUUUGACACAAAAACCAUGGAUGUUAUUGAUUUCUUUCAUAGGUUUGUUAGGCCCUCAAAAAUGAGUGAGCAGAGAAUAAGUGAGUAUAUAGAAGGCAAAUAUGGAAAAUUUGGAGUUGACAGGUAUGGGUUUGGCAUGAUACGGCUAUCCCAUUCAGAGAAGUUAUUGAGCAAUUUGAGGCUUGGCUAGGUAAAAAUCAGUUGUGGCAAAAGGACAUGGGU